UAUCGACAAUACCGGCACAUGCCAGGUGAAAGACAGUCGAAGCGAACUUAGAAAUGCACUCUCGCUCUCUUUCACGACACUUUCAUCACCCAGCAUAAACUCUCAUUAUUCAGUAACUAUACAGCUAGAUAUGCUUAGUACCGUUUCCAAGAAUGUGCAAGUAUAAGAAAAUGUGUUCAAUAAACAAAAAGUAGUUACGACAUUAAUAAAAACUUAUCUAAUCAGUCGAUAUUAUUGGUUUAUUUGAUAAGAUUCUGAAUGAGUCCUCCAGUUAUUCCAAACAGUCGUGUGUGCUAUCAAAGGUGAAUGAAAAGUGAGAAAAGUGAAGAAUGAAAGUGGUUGUGAGAACUGUUCUACAUGAAUCGGACCUGGAAGCGGUUCCAAGAACCUCAAUUCGCGAAAUAUUCUCCUUGAUCAGCAAGUCUUUGGGAAUACAGGAAGUAUGGUACUUUGGGCUUAUGUAUUAUGGACACGAUGCUGAAGAAAUUUGGGUGGAACAAUCUAAAAAGGCUCUGAAAGAUUUGAAGAACCAUAGCACAAAUCUACACUACAAAGUGAAAUAUUACCCAGAAGAUAUUGGAGAAGAGCUAAUUGAAAGUAUUACCAUCGAAUUUUUUUUCUUACAAGUUAAAUUGUGUAUUUUGAGUGAUGAAAUCUACUGUCCUGCAGAUACAUGUGUCCUCCUUGCAUCGUAUGCUCUACAGGUCAAAUAUGGAGAUUACAGUCCCGAUACACAUAACAAAGAUAUUCUUCAAAAGCAGAAACUUUUACCAGAUAGGUUGAGAACACAGUUUUCUAUGGGGGCAACAGAGUGGAACAAAAACAUUGAAAAUAUGUGGGUCAAGCAUAAAGGUUUGGAUAAAGAAGAGGCCAUGUUAGAGUACUUGAAACUGGUACAAAAUCUGGAAAUGUAUGGGGUAACAUAUUUCAAUAUAACAAAUAAGAAAGGGACAAACCUUCUUCUUGGCGUCACGGCAUUGGGGCUCAACAUUUACAAAACCGAAGACAGGUUGAAUCCAACAGUCUCAUUUCCAUGGUCAGAAAUCAAGAACCUGAAAUUCAAGGAUAGAAAAUUUAUAAUAAAACCAACUGAUAAAACUGCCAAGGAUUUCGUUAUCUUCACUUCAAGUGGUAGAAUGAGCAAAUACGUUCUCAACUUAGGAGUAGGAAACCAUUCUCUCUAUGUCAGGAGAAGAAAACCAGAUUCACCAGACAUCGUUAAAAUGAAAGAAAAAGCCAACGAAAUCAAGCAUAACAGGAAUUUACAAAAGAAAAAAUACUAUAAUGAGAAAACCUUGAGAGAAGAAGCAGAACAAAGGGAAGUAGAAUACAAAAAACAAAUUCAACACAUGAAAGAAGAGAUGGAAAAGGACCAAAAACGUCUGUAUGAAGCAAAUCUGACGAUCAAGAGACUACAGGAACAGCUGGAGGACUUACAAAAAUCUAAGGAGGAACUGGAACAGCAAAGAAACGAAUUGAGUGCAAUGAUGGAGCGUCUUGAACAGAGUAAAAAUAUGGAAGCUGCAGAAAGACAAAAGCUCGAGGAGGAAAUCAGAUCGAAACACGAGGAAGUUCAGAAAAUACAAGAAGAAGUUGAACGUAGAGACGCCGAAGCAAAGAGGCUCCAAGAAGAAGUGGAAGAAGCGCGAAGAAAAGAGGAAGAACUUCGACGACAAGCUGAAGAAGCACUUCGAAGGGAAGAAGAAGAGAGACAGAGGAAACUUGAACAAGAAGAAUUGGAAACUCUUCCCGACGACGCAGACACCAGUCUUCCAGAGCUCCAGCAGGUGAACGAUCAGUUGAAGGAGCAGCUCAAGUUGCUUCAGAGUAAACUGGAGGAAACCAGACAGCAAGAGCAAGAAUCUGACCUUGAUAGAAUACAUAGGAUCAAUUUACUUGAAGGUCGGGAUAAAUACAAAACGCUAGCAGAUAUCAGAAGAGGAAAUACUGUAAGAAGAGUAGAGAUGUUCGAAAAUAUGUAAAACUUUUUGAACACUUUUAUCAUUGAGGUUUGUAAAAUGUAACCUGUUACAAUUUUAAAGAGAAUUACAUUUUUUUCAAUAAAUAAUAUGUUUGAAUA